AUGCAUUUCGCCGAUCCUGAGCUUGCAGAGAGCCUGCGGAGUACACGGUCGUAUCGACAUGCCUUCUCGUUGAAGCAACUGAGUCAACGCACAGUGCACCAUGCCACAAAGCACGGAUCCAGUGCCCUGCAGAAUACCCCAGCAGCGAACCACAGAACGAUCUCCAGCCCUCCACCGAAUCCGCGAAGAGAUCGAGCCGAGAAGCGCAAAGCACGAAAGAGUGAGCAGCCCGAGACUGACACGACAGACACCGAGGACUCGUUUCCCAGCGCCCACGCCACUCGCGCGCUCUUCGUCUCAGCGCAUAUCAUAGUCAAAGGGUCCGAAUGGCGCUGCGCACAUCGCUACGAAGCUGGGUUUCACCUUGCACGACCGAACAGCAAAGUGCAGAUCGGUGAACUCGUCUGUCACGUUGUAGAGCGCUCUGGAGCUCAAGUCACUUGGGCUAAAGAGAUUCUGACUUCCCGCAAAGGAGAUCAGUUGUCAGAGGUGCAGAACAUACUCCGAGCACUGUUCACGGAUCGUGGCCGUCUUCGGAAGCAUCUCGAUAAGUACAAAGCUGCACUGGCAGGGGACAAGCUGCUAGUCAUUGAUACUUUCCGCCUCGAACGGCCCUACAGAGGCACGGGGCUGGCGCAGGAUGCUAUUGCUGCGUUCCUCGAUGGGUUGAAAAAGGUCAGACGGCAUGGUGCCGGGGACGAGGACUGGACUUUCGAUGGUCCCGUUGUCCUCAGUCCCGCGGCGGAUGGAACGGAGAAGAGGAAGUUACAGGCGAUACAGGCGAAUGGGGAGAUUGUGGAUGAUGUUGUCGUAGAGAGGAAGUUGAUUAAGAGCUGGGAGAAAUCGGGGUUUGAGAUCUGGGUGUUGGGCGACGAGAGAGUGGAAGGGAGUGUCAGCGUCAUGGGGAGGGUUGAAGGGGACGGACAGCCGUGA